AGGAGUCUUUUGAGGGUGAAAGUACGUGUGUGGUCUGUAUUAAGCCCUGAAAAACAAAUAUCAACUACUACACACGCUUCCAUGAACUAUGUGUUAGUAUUAUCAUUUCCUUCUUUGCUCUCCUUUCACUGCCCAUUAAUAAAUUAACCGUCCAGGGGAAAAGGUACAAGGAAAUGGAGUGUUGUUAUUCCUUCAAACUAUCAUCUCCAUACCCUUCUUCUUUUAUCCUUAACCUUCAGGGUUCUUCAUCACCUGUUGGUGGCAAAUUAUCCCGAAAUUCUAUGCAUCCUCGCUUGCUGUCCUCUCCACUUCCUAAACCAUUUCUUCAGAUUGAUGAUAGACUGCAGUAUCAACAAAAGUCAGCUUUUUUCACUUUGAAAACAUAUAGAGGACCCAUAUUAGCAGAAACUGGGAGGCAAGGUUGGGACUUUGGCAGAUUUUUUAAAACAUUAUAUUUUUUCAAUGGACCUCCAUCUCCUGCUAAGUUUUUUGAGUUUCUAGUUGAAGGACUAUCCAAUCAAUCCUCUAGUGAGCCAAAAAGUGCGAUGGACAGUUCUGGCAUUGUCCUGGUAGUUGGAGCUACAGGUGGUGUUGGCAAAAGAAUAGUUGACAUCUUACGGAAGAAAGGACAGCAAGUUCGAGUACUGGUCAGAAGUGAAGAGAAGGCAAGAAGGAUAUUGGGCUCAGGUAUUGACUUGGUUGUUGGAGAUAUCACUAAGGAAAGCACAUUGGUCCCUGAGUACUUCAAAGGGGUCAAAAAAGUUUUUAAUGCUGCUUCUGUCAUUGUUGGUCCCAAAGAAGGUGAUACUCCGGAAAGGGCGAAAUACAGUCAAGGAAUCAAGUUCUUUGAACCAGAGAUCAAAGGUGACUCACCUGAAAUGGUGGAGUAUGUUGGGAUGAAGAAUCUGCUUAAUGCUGUAAAGGGAAAUGUUGGACUUCGAAGUGGGAAACUGUUAUUUGGAUGUGAAGACAAUAGUUUUAAAGAUCUACCUUGGGGCGCUUUAGAUGAUGUUGUAAUGGGAGGUGUUAGUGAAAGUAAUUUUCAAAUUGACACAACUGGGGGAGAAAAUGGUGGACCAACUGGGAUUUUCAAAGGUGUCGUUUCCACUGCAAAUAAUGGUGGCUUCACUAGUAUCAGAACUAGGAAUUUUUCAACACCGGAGAACCUUUCUGCGUAUGAUGGUUUGGAACUGUGCCUUAAAGGUGAUGGUCGUAGGUACAAACUCAUUGUUCGUACCAGCCGUGACUGGGACACUGUUGGUUAUACCGCAAGCUUUGACACUGUAGAAGGAUGGCAAUCAAUACGCCUGCCAUUUUCUUCUUUGAGGCCAAUUUUUCGAGCUCGGACUGUAUCAGAUGCUCCUCCAUUUGAUCAAAGCAAUAUUGUCUCAUUGCAGCUUAUGUUCAGCAAGUUUGAGUAUGAUGGAAAACUGAAUCCAACUUUCAUAGAGGGUCCAUUUCAGCUUCCAUUGUCAAGCAUAAGGGCCUUUAUAAAUGAUCCUAUAACUCCCAGGUUUGUACAUGUGAGCUCUGCAGGAGUAACCCGACCAGAUAGGCCUGGCCUUGAUCUCAGUAAACAACCUCCUGCUGUACGCUUGAACAAGGAAUUGGAUUUUAUUCUAACUUUCAAGUUGAAGGGAGAAGACUUGAUACGUGAAAGUGGCAUGCCAUAUGCAAUUGUCAGGCCUUGUGCUUUAACUGAGGAGCCUGCUGGAGCAGAUCUCAUUUUUGACCAAGGAGACAAUAUAACGGGUAAAAUAUCAAGGGAAGAGGUUGCUCGAAUAUGUGUUGCUGCUACAGAAAGCCCAUAUGCAUGUGACAAGACAUUUGAGGUUAAAAGUGUGAUUCCAUUUAGUGAACCAUUUACAGUGGACCCUGAAAACCCACCUCCAGAGAAGGAUUACAAUGAAUAUUUUAAAACUUUGAAGGAUGGUGUUACAGGGAAAGAAUACCUAGAACGUAGCGCUGUUCCAGUGUAGUGCCCACGGAUGACAGAUCAUACCCCUACAAUUACAAAAUAAUGAAGCAGACCUGUAGAGGAUUCAUUAGGCAGCCAAGCAAGAAAAGAGAAACUUGAAGCAAUUAGUGACUGAUGCUGGAGUGUAGAAAAUAUAUUGUCUUCAACGACUAAUGAAAAAAAUGAACUCAACUUUUGUAUAUUUUAAGCUGUGUAUAUACCAAAUUUCUUGCCCCAUUUCAUCUGACAAUUUGAAAUCUUGAACUCAUCUUCUCAAUUCUGUGAAUUACAUUGAUUGCUGUGCACAGAAUGAAAGAGAGGAGAUCUUUCACAUAUUAAAAAUUAUAUAUGAUCCUUAAUCUA